AUGCUGCUACAGAACCUCGUCGAUUCGGCCGAUGCAACCUACGACCGCCAGAAGAAGCGCAAGAUUUCGGCGCUCCCGAUCCGAAUUGAGGACCCCAUUCCCUCUGACAUCGCCAUAUCGCGAAAGCAACACCCAAAGCAGAUUACGGCUGUAGCAAAGGAGGUCGGAAUUCUGCCUCACGAGCUGGAGCCGUAUGGCGCCACAAAGGCAAAGGUCGAUCUAUCACUCCUGAAGCGCCUCGAGCAUCGCCGGAACGGAAGGUACAUUCUGAUUGCUGGUAUCACACCGACACCCCUGGGAGAGGGCAAGUCGACCACCACCAUUGGUGUAGCACAGGCAUUGGGCGCACAUCUUGGCAGGAUAUGCUUCGCCAACGUGCGACAGCCUAGCAUGGGUCCUACCUUUGGUAUCAAGGGUGGAGCUGCCGGUGGAGGAUACAGCCAGGUCAUUCCUAUGGAUCAGUUCAACCUCCAUCUCACUGGUGAUAUCCACGCCAUCACUGCAGCAAACAACUUGCUCGCAGCUGCCAUCGAGACGCGCAUGUUCCACGAAAACACACAAAAGGAUGCUGCCCUGUACAAGCGAUUGGUACCGGCCAAAAAGGGCAAGCGUGAGUUUGCGCCCGUCAUGUUCCGUCGUCUCAAGAAGCUCGGUAUCGACAAGACCAACCCAGACGAUCUGACUGAAGAGGAGAUUACCAAGUUCGCCAGAUUGGAUAUUGACCCUGAGACCAUCACCUGGCGACGAGUUCUCGAUGUCAAUGACAGACAUCUGCGCAAGAUCACCAUUGGUCAAGCACCGACGGAGAAGGGUCAGACCCGUGAGACUGGAUUCGACAUUUCCGUCGCCAGCGAGUGUAUGGCUAUCCUUGCCCUCAGCAAGGACCUUUCAGAUCUUCGCGAGCGUCUCGGCAGCAUGGUCGUUGCCAGCUCGCGUGCAGGCGACCCUGUCACUUGUGACGACAUUGGUGCUGGUGGUGCCUUGACUGCUCUACUAGUGGACGCUAUCAAGCCCAACAUGAUGCAGACGCUUGAGGGAACCCCCGUAUUUGUACAUGCUGGUCCAUUCGCAAACAUCAGUAUUGGUGCCUCGUCAGUCAUCGCCGACAGGCUUGCUCUCAAGCUGGCUGGUACUGAGCCGGAUGAGGACCACGACGCGCAGACUGGUUUCGUCGUCACUGAAGCUGGCUUCGAUUUCACCAUGGGAGGUGAGCGCUUCUUCAACAUCAAGUGCCGCUCUUCCGGCCUCGUACCCGACACAGUCGUCAUCGUCGCCACAGUCCGAGCCCUCAAAAACCACGGCGGCGGCCCCGACAUCAGCCCCGGCGCCCAGCUACCCGAAGUCUACCGCACCGAGAACAUUGACAUUCUCCGCGCUGGCUGCGUCAACCUCAAGAAGCACAUUGAAAAUGCAAAGCAAUACGGCGUCCCCGUCGUCGUAGCCAUCAACCGCUUCGCAACCGACACGCAAGCCGAAAUCGACGUCAUCCGCGAAGAAGCAAUCGCCGCUGGAGCCGAAGACGCAAUCCCCGCCAACCACUUCGCAGAAGGCGGAAAAGGAGCCGUAGACCUCGCCCGCGGCAUCAUCGCCGCCUCGGCAAAACCCAAACCAGACUACAAGCUCCUCUACGACACUUCCUCGGGUACAGUCCAGGAGCGCAUGGAAAUCAUCGCAAAGCGCAUGUACGGCGCCGACGCCGUCGAGUUCAGCGAGCUCGCCCAGAAAAAAGUAGACACCUACGUCAAGCAAGGGUUUGGUAACCUACCCAUUUGCGUAGCAAAGACUCAGUACUCGCUUAGUCAUGAUCCUAGUCUCAAGGGUGCGCCCACGGGCUUCACGGUUCCUAUUCGUGAUGUUAGGAUGGCUGCUGGUGCUGGAUAUCUUUAUGCGCUUGCGGCGGAUAUUCAGACUAUUCCUGGACUGCCGACUGCGCCUGGCUAUCUUAAUAUCGAUGUUGAUGUUGAGAAUGGGGAGAUUGAUGGUAUGUUUUAG